AUGGCGGGCAAAGAGGGCUUGGUCCAACAGAUCAAGAACAUGCAGCGCAUUGACCCCACAUUUAGGCAGACUUGGUGGGACUUCUGCGAAUCACAGCUUGGCGGUGUUCGUGAUCCCAAUCGUCACGAUGAGAGCGUCUUGGGCACGUUUUUGGAGCAGUACAACAGCGGCGCCAUUGCCCCAUCCCCUUAUCGUGCUGAGGAGGAGUGGUGGAACAAAGGCAAAGGCAAGGGCAAAGGCGGCGGCGGUGGUGGCGGCGGCAACUAUGGGCAGAACAGUGUUUUCAGUGGCGGUGGCUAUGACAUGGGUGCGCAGGGUUGGGGAAUGAUGAUGGGUGCAAGCUUAUCCGACAUGGUGAAGACGGGCCAGCGGGCAUCCUAUCACUAUAGGACUGCUUGGACCAUCUACUGCGCACUGUAUGGGGCGGGCAAGAACGACCCAGCCAGACAUGAGGAAAAGUUCAUCCGCGGCUUCAUCGAUUACCUGGGUGAGCUGGCAACAAACGGAUUGUCGUCCAUUGCAUCUUCCCAGGGCAUCAAUCUCGAGGAAAUCACGGCCCAGACCACCAACAAGCGGCCGCAAAUGGGUGGUGAACCACCUGCCAAGAGGUUCAAGUCCGAACCCGACGAGAUCAAGCUACCCCUAGCAGAGAAGGUCAAGAACAUGCAGAGGUCCAAUCCCGCAGCAAAAGAGGCUUGGUGGGCCUACUGCGAUUCCCAGGCUGGAGGCCUGCGAGACCCAAUGCGCCACGACACGGACUCGCUGCAGGCCUUCCUGGCCAGCCAGGGUGCCAUGUAA